AUGCAGGCUGUUAUUGAGGAGCUGCUGCUGUCUGGAGAUGGGAUAUCGCAGAAGCACGGAGAGGUGUAUGAGCUCCUUGGGCUGGACGUGAUAUACGACAGGGGGACGCUGAAGAUUUACAGCACUAGGAGGGCCAAGAUAGUGUCCAUAAGCUCUGGAAUCCAUGUGCAUGUUUCGUACAAGGUACUGAGCCACCUGAUAACCCGGGGGCUUGUCAACGAGGACGGACACGGAACGUCUCUGGAGAUAGUGGACAUGAUGGGGAACAAGAUUGUGGCCACGUUUGUGGGGCACGAGAAGAUGAACAGGAUUGCGAUUGUAACGAGCGGGGGAGAUGCUCCAGGGAUGAACUCUGCAAUCAAGAGCAUAAUCAGGACCGGAAUAAAGUGGGGAGCAUCGGUGUAUGGAGUAUACAAUGGAUAUGAUGGGCUUAUCAACAACAGCAUACGCAGACUCAGCUGGGACACCGAGACCUACUGCAGCAGCCAAGGGGGGACUGUUCUCCUGUCUGCAAGGUCCCUGAAGUUCCGGGAGAAGGAUGGGAGGAAGCUGGCCGUGCUGAACAUGGUCCGAAAGAGGAUCAACUGUAUGGUAAUCCUGGGGGGUGACGGGUCUAUGGAGGGUGCUGCAAUCCUUAGAGAUGAAUUUAAGGGUCAUCUGAGGGAGCUUAUACGGGAAGGAAAGAUUUCGGCAAGGGACCUCCAGAAGAUGAGGAUCAGUAGGAUAGGGCUAGAAAAGGGAUCCGAGGAAAAGGAGCAGCCAAUCACAGACGGAAGUGGCGUCAGCUACUCUGACUUCUAUGGGAAGCCGGAGUGCUACAAGGAAAAUCCAGUGGUGCAUGACCUUAACUCGUCCGACGACGUUUCUGAGGAUCUCCAAGCAGACGUCUGUCUGGGUGAGAACACAGGUCCAGAUGAUGUCGAGAAGUAUGUCUAUGGCCUGAAGAUUGUGGGGAUUCCAUCGACCAUAGACAACGACAUCUGGGGGGCUCCCGUUUCUUUAGGAGAGGACACUGCAAUCCACAGGGUUGUCGAGGCAAUAGACCACUUGAUGUCCACCAUGAAGUCGCAUUCGCGCACGUUUGUCAUUGAGGUCAUGGGCCGGAGAUGCGGAUGGAUAGCUCUUAUGUCUUCCCUGGCAAGUGCAGCAGACUAUGCCUUGCUUCCUGAGGCGCCUGCCGAGUGGAGAGUGGAGAUGAUUGAAACGCUUAGAAUUGCAAAGAAGUGUGGGAAGUCUGGGAUAUUUGUCAUCGUUGCAGAAGGGGCUGUUGAAAAGGAUGGAACACCCAUAUCCGCGUCCCAGGUUGUGGAGGAGAUUGACAGGGCGGGGAUGGAAGUCAGGCUUCUUAAGCUGGGCCAUAUCCAGAGGGGAGGGCCGACCUCUGCGCAGGAUAGGAUAUACGGCACCCUUCUUGGAAUCAGGGCUGUCGAGAUAUUGCUAGGCCCCAUGAGAGAUCCUGUGAUGAUCAGCAUCUUCAGAGACGAGGUCUCGGAGGUUGAGCUGAAGAAGGUGAUAGAGAAGAACAGGGCCAUCAAGAGCCUUCAGGAGAGGAGGAUGUUUGACGAGAUACUGAGAAACAGAAGUAACUUCUUCAGGUUAGCUUACUCGUAUUUUAGAAAAUCGCUGGUAGGAGUGGAAAGUGCAGGAGGCUGUGUCUGCAAUUCCAAGAAGGGGCAUGAGGUCGAGCAUAGGCGUGGCCAGGAUCCUUGUCCAGACACCUUCAGUGGGAAGGUCCGCAUAGGAAUAAUGCAGUUUGGGCAGCGAUCCAGUGGUAUGAAUGCGGCACUGAAUGCAGCAGUCCAAUACUCUCUAAUGGUAGGGGCUGAGCCCUUCUACAUCCCAAAUGGAUUUGAGGGGCUUGUGAACAGUCAGCUUAUAAGGCCCCGGUUGUAUGAGUUUUCCAGCGACGUAAAUAACGGAGGAUCUGCAAUAGGAGUUGGUAGCAACGAGGAGGUGGAUGCUGGGCUAAUUCAGAAGAAGUUAGACGAGUCCAAGCUAGACUCCCUGAUUGUGAUAGGAGGAAGCAAGGCCCUGCACAUUAUCAAGGAGCUUCGGGGGGUCAGCAUUGUUCUGAUACCUGCGUCGUCUUACAACAAUAUACCAGGGAUCGACAUAAGCAUCGGCGCCGACACAGCCCUCAAUGCGGUUCUGAAAGUUUCUGAUGUGUCGAAGCUAAACUCUUUUGCAUACAAGAACAAUGUCUUUGUUGUGGAGAUCGGAGGAGGAAACUGCGGGUACCUGUCGUUGAUGGGCGGAAUAGCAGCAGGGGCAUUUGAGGUUUUUAUUCCGGAGAGGAAGUACCUGAUAGGACAUCUAUCAGAGGCUGCACAGAGGCUCCGUAUGAAGUUCCGGGAGAAGACAAGAAGAGGGAUUGUGAUCUUCAGAAACGAAAGAACCUUUCGCUCGAUUUCCACAAAGAGCUUCUGUGAGAUCCUGAAGACCGACAGUGGAGACCUGUUUGAAACAGACUAUUCCAUUCUUGGGCAUAUACAGCAGGGACAGAACCCGUCGCCGAUAGACAGAAUAAACGCAGCCAUUCUGGGAAUCGAGGCUAUCGACCUGUGCCGGCAGAAGUGUGGGAUUGGGGUCCUUGGAUUUUCGGAGGACAGGAUCAAGUUUACAAAGAUUGAAGAGGUUCUGAAGGAGUUUGACCAUGAGCUCGACAGAGAAAAGAAUCCGUACUGGCUCAAGUACUCCGGCAUUUGUAGAUCGGUUGAAUAA